UCUUUUGUUUUACUAGCACCAUCCAGGAAGUCCGUUUUGACAGACCCAGCUAAAGUCAAGAAGCUGCAGCAGAGCGGUGAGGCCUUCGUACAGGAUGACUCCUGCAUGAACAUUGUCGCACAGCUGCCCAAGUGCCGGGAGUGUCGCUUGGACAGUCUCCGCAAGGAUAAGGAACAACAGAAAGAUUCGCCUGUGUUUUGUCGCUUCUUUCACUUUAGAAGGUUAAAAUUCAACAAACAUGGUGUGUUGCGGGUAGAAGGUUUCUUAACUCCAAACAAGUAUGACAGUGAAGCAAUUGGCUUGUGGUUGCCUAUAAACAAAAACGUGGUGGGGAUCGAUUUGGACACAGCAAAGUAUAUCCUGGCCAACAUUGGAGACCACUUCUGUCAAAUGGUGAUUUCUGAAAAGGAAGCUAUGUCAACUAUUGAGCCACACAGACAGGUUGCUUGGAAGCGAGCUGUCAGAGGUGUUCGAGAAAUGUGCGAUGUGUGUGACACCACCAUCUUCAACCUGCACUGGGUGUGUCCUCGGUGUGGGUUUGGAGUGUGUGUGGAUUGCUACCGGAUGAAGAGGAAAAAUUUCCAGCAGGGUUCUGCCUACAAGACUUUCUCUUGGAUAAGGUGUGUGAAGAGUCAAAUCCAUGAACCAGAGAACCUGAUGCCUACACAGAUCAUCCCUGGAAAAGCCCUCUAUGAAGUUGGAGACAUUGUUCAUUCUGUAAGAGCAAAAUGGGGAAUAAAGGCAAAUUGUCCCUGUUCAAACAGGCAAUUCAAACUCUUUUCCAAGCCAGCCUCAAAGGAUGACAUAAAACAGAUUUCCUUAGCUGGAGAAAAACCGACUCUUGGAACCAUGCUCCAACAGAACCCCUCGGUGGUGGAGCCAGUGGCCAUGGGUGGGGGAGCCGCCUCCAAGCCGGCCAGCAGCAUCAAGCCAGCCUGUCCCAGCAGCACUUCUCCUUUAAACUGGCUGGCCGACCUGACAGGUGGAAAUGUCAACAAGGAAAAUAAGGAAAAACAACCAAUGAUGCCAACUUUAAAGAAUGAAAUCAAAUGCCUUCCACCCCUGCCUCCUUUGAGCAAGUCCAGCACAGUCCUCCAUACCUUUAACAGCACGAUUUUGACACCUGUAAGCAACAACAGUUCUGGUUUCCUCCGAAAUCUCUUGAAUUCCUCUACGGGAAAGACAGAAAAUGGACUCAAGAAUACACCAAAAAUCCUUGAUGACAUCUUUGCCUCUUUAGUGCAAAAUAAGACUUCCUCUGAUUUAUCUAAGAGGCCUCAAGGACUGACGAUCAAGCCCAGCAUUCUGGGCUUUGACACUCCUCACUACUGGCUAUGUGACAAUCGCUUACUGUGCCUGCAAGAUCCCAAUAACAAGAGCAACUGGAAUGUGUUUAGGGAGUGCUGGAAACAAGGGCAGCCAGUGAUGGUGUCAGGAGUGCAUCACAAAUUGAACACUGAACUUUGGAAACCUGAAUCCUUCAGGAAAGAAUUUGGAGGUCAGGAAGUCGACCUAGUUAAUUGCAGGACCAAUGAAAUCAUCACAGGAGCCACAGUAGGAGAUUUCUGGGAUGGAUUUGAAGAUGUUCCAAACCGAUUGAAAAAUGAAAAAGAACCGAUGGUGUUGAAACUUAAGGACUGGCCACCAGGAGAAGAUUUUAGAGAUAUGAUGCCUUCCAGGUUUGAUGAUCUGAUGGCCAACAUUCCACUGCCAGAGUACACACGGAGAGAUGGCAAACUGAACUUGGCCUCUAGGCUGCCAAACUACUUUGUUAGGCCAGAUCUGGGUCCCAAGAUGUAUAAUGCUUACGGAUUAAUUACUCCAGAAGAUCGGAAAUAUGGAACAACAAAUCUUCACUUAGAUGUAUCUGAUGCAGCUAAUGUCAUGGUCUAUGUGGGAAUUCCAAAAGGACAGUGUGACCAAGAAGAAGAAGUCCUUAAAACUAUUCAAGAUGGAGACUCUGAUGAACUCACAAUAAAGCGAUUUAUUGAAGGAAAAGAGAAACCAGGGGCUCUCUGGCACAUAUAUGCUGCUAAGGACACGGAGAAGAUACGAGAAUUCCUUAAAAAGGUAUCAGAAGAGCAAGGUCAAGAAAACCCAGCAGACCAUGAUCCCAUUCAUGAUCAGAGCUGGUAUUUAGACCGAUCCCUAAGGAAGCGUCUUCAUCAAGAGUAUGGAGUUCAAGGCUGGGCUAUUGUACAGUUUCUUGGGGAUGUGGUGUUUAUCCCAGCAGGAGCUCCACAUCAGGUUCAUAACUUAUAUAGCUGUAUCAAAGUGGCUGAAGAUUUUGUUUCCCCAGAGCAUGUGAAACACUGCUUCUGGCUUACUCAGGAAUUCCGUUACCUGUCACAGACCCAUACUAAUCAUGAAGAUAAAUUACAGGUGAAGAAUGUUAUCUACCAUGCAGUCAAAGAUGCAGUUGCUAUGCUGAAGGCUGGGGAAUCCAGCUUCAGCAAACCGAGGGUCCUGGAGACGCCUUGAGCCCUGUGCAUUGGAGGUGAAUACUGGCAGCUGUUCAAACUCUUCAGGCAGGAUUCCUGUGGACUUUGAGAUUCAUGUUACCUCAUCUUUUUUAAACUGUACCUGGUGAGGGUACUGUCUAAUGUAUAUUUCUAGUGUUUACAGACACUAAAUGUGUAUAUGUAGUUACUAUUUACAGAACAUGCAUCCUUCAACUGUGACUUCUCACCUAGUGCAGAACUACCAAGCUGUAAAAAUAAAAACCUCUUCUCAGCUCUGGAACAAUACUCCAGUUAUGACUCUAGCUGUUUGCUUGGACAGCUUAGUCAAAAUGGGUUAAAACUAUUAGGAACAACUGUGCAGUUUAUUUGGGUUGUAUUUUGUUCUGUGUCUGUCUGAGUAUCCCCUCCCCUAACCCUUAGGGUUUAGAAAAGCAACGGAGGAAAUGACAGCUAACAAUGCGAUUCUUGCUCUUUUGAAUCAGGACUGGCAUUAUAUAACAAACCAACUACUGUACAAUUCUUGGGGUUAACCAUCUUUAGUUCAAUGGAAUUUUAAUUUAAAUGGAGCUUUGCUAAUAUUAAGUGUUGAGCAUUUUGCAUUAAAGUAUUCAUAUAAUA